AUGAUGAAUCUGUCCAACGGUUAUUCACUUUAUCUUAUUGUACUUGUGAGCUCACUUCCUAAUCUCUCUCUGUUAUCUGGUGCUGAUCCCACAGAUGGGUUCACUGAAAUUCCGUUGACAGAAGCUAAUUUUUUACUGCAGAAGCCUUAUGAUAUACCUCUUGAAGAGCGGUACAGUUACGAAAAUGGAGUUCACAAGAUGUGGGUUUAUGCUGAUGAUAAGCCACACGCCCUUGUGCAGGGGCUUGACUACUGUUCGGGAGCAUGGAAAUUCGAAGGCAAUGUUUUUGUGCCAAACGGCACCUCAGGUGCUACAAUAGUGCAGAUCCAUGGUGCAGCACAUGGAAAUACAACUAUGCUUUUAAGGAUCUACAACGGAGAAAUGAGGUACUACACUUAUGAACUCGUGGAUGCUACAAACCUCUAUGAUAAAUGGUGUAGGGUAAAUUUAAUCCACAACGUUGAUGGAGGAUUGGUUACAGUUUUUAUCGACGGCGUACAAAAGUUUGAGACUCAUGAUCAUGGCCCUGGAGACUUGUAUUUCAAAUGUGGGGUUUAUGGUGCUCCAUCAAAUAUAAGCUACUAUAUGGAGUCAAGGUGGAAAGACAUUAAAAUUUACAAAAAGUGA